AAGGGGGAGGUGGUAUCUCUCGUGACGUCACGGCCAUGGCUAUUUUGCGCCGUGUGUUUUUCUGCAUUUCAUUUCCAGAUACUUCGCACCGGAUGAAGCGGAGGAUAAAGAAUUCCCUCAUGUUUACACUUCUAUGGAUUAUAUAAAACACGCUUGCACGCUGAGACACCGCUUCCGUGCUUUUAAUAUAGGCUAGAUACACAGAUAUAUAUUUUUGUUAUUUUUAUUAUUAUUAUUAUUCUUUUUUUUGCAAUAAAAAUGGAGCUCCCUGCGGCGGGAGAGCAAGUGUUCGCCGUGGAGAGCAUCGAGAAGAAACGCAUCCGAAAGGGAAGGUUUGAGUACCUGGUCAAGUGGAGAGGCUGGUCACCAAAGUACAACACGUGGGAGCCGGAGGAAAACAUCCUCGACCCGCGCCUGCUCGUAGCGUUCCAACACAGGGAGCGCGAGGAGCAGCUGAUGGGUUACCGCAAGAGAGGCCCAAAACCAAAACACUUUCUCACCCAGGUUCCAUCAUUCGCUCUGAGAUCCAGUGUUCUUUCUGACCUCCACGAUGCAUCUCAGGAGAAUGGGGUCCAUCUCAAAACGUCCGUUGAUCCGACACUGAUGCGGCAGUGCCAGCUGCAGAGCAGGAGGCAGCACCCGUACCAGAGCUUGGACAAUGUCCUUAUCAACGGGAAGAACGACCAGAAACAGUACUACCAGCUCAACAGCAGAAAGCACCACCAGUACCAACCAGACCCCAAACUGUAUCAGCAGGUACAGGCACAGGAACCGGAUUCAGGACGUCACAGCGACACAAAGGCCGUCAGCAUGGAGCUCGAGAAGGUUCUGGAUGGUGGGAAGGAAGAAUCGACGCUCAGUAAGGAGAGCACCAGACCAGUUAAAGGAAUAAACAGCAAACUGAAAAUUGUAGAGAACAAGAACAAAAAUGGAAGAAUCGUCAUCGUGAUGAGUAAGUACCUCGAGAAUGGGAAAGAGGCGGAUGGAGGGGUGAAGCAGGACGAGCCGUCAGAGAGGGGAACCAAUCACGCAAACGGCACUGAGACGAACGGGCUUGAAAAUGGCCACCACAAGGACGACAGAAACGGGCAAGUCCACCGCGCUGUUAUUGAAGAAUUCCAGAAUGUUGAAACAUCACAGUUGAUGAAAAAAUCCGGUCCGAUAUCUUCUGAAAACGGCAUCCAUAAGCGGCGUCACUCGGAACAUUCCAGCAUCCGACGGGACGCUAAGAGCUUCCUGGACUGUCGGAGCAUUAGUGCACCAAACGCAAGCUCAAGUCAGGGUCGGUCUGAACUCUCAGACGCGUGUCAGGACGAGCCGAUGGAUCUGAGCUUCACAGGUUCUCGAGGACAGAGGAACACCAUCAAGGACUGUCGGACAAACGGACACUCGAACCCGACUGAGAGAGAGACCACGCCUUCUACACGGGAACCUGAACGUGCUCCGAGCUUCACGCCUUUUCUCGGGAAUAUAAUAAUCACGGAUGUCACGACGAACUGCCUCACGGUGACUUUCAAGGAAUACGUACCUGUCUAGAAAUAACAGACUUAAAAAAGUCAUAAUUAUUAACUCGAAACUACUGAUUUUGUCACUUUGAAAAUUUGUGUGCAUAUAAAUAAGCUUUUUUUUCCAGAAUGAUCUCAUUUGAACAUGCAAGUUAUUACUCGACAUUCACAAUGCCAAUAUUGUUAUAUAAAUAGGCGUUAUUUUUUGAAAAAUUUUUUGUCGAAGCUGCUUUGUUAAUGUUUAGCGCCAAUACACGCUUGCUCGCUCUCUCUCUCUCUCUCUCUCUCUCUCUCUCUCUCUCUCUCUCUCUCUCUCUCUCUCUCUCUCUUUCAGCCAAUCACAGGACUUUAUAAUCACAUUGACCACUGAAGAUGGAAAGGAGGCAGGGCUUAACGCACUUUCCGUUCAAUAAGUCGCAGGAAUUUCCUGACUAUUAGAUUUGCUGACUAUUAUAUCCACCUGCUGCUAUUACUCAAUCAAUCUUUUUAACGUAAUGUGUAAUUAAUAAGGGUGUAACGAUACGGCGUGUCAUAUCAUUUUGUUCGGUACAAUUCUCAUGAUUCUAUUUGUCUUUGUAUCGAACAAUACAUUCAACACUCUGCGUACUAAAGUUAAUCAAGCCCAGUAGUAACUUAUCUCGAAUAAAGUGUUAAAAAAAAAACACUUUCCUUAAUCACACUGCUUUUCACCAGCUAAUACGCUAGCAUGCUGACAUACUAACAUUAAUACUAGUGUAUCUACACCAACAUCCUGUAAACGAAACACACACACUCUUCGCUGCUUUUCUCGGCUGAUUCAGUCCUGGUUUAGGCAGAGACUGAUAAUUUCAUAGCUGCAGAUAUGAGACCCUACACGCAUUCAAAAACACGUUUGUCCUACAGAGAGCUGUAUAACUUCAGACACGUACCCUUGAGGGUCACACCAGCAGGAUUGCCAAGUGUGUGGUUUUUAAAUGAAGCCAGUUAAGGAAAAGCGACUCCUUUUUCCACUUCCUAAACUUUUCAGACCUGUUUCAGGUGUUUGAGAUGUCCAUAAUUUAUGUACAACUAAUGGUUAAUUAGCCAUGUAUAGCCAUGUUUGUUCCAUUCUAAUGCAUGCUGCUAAGAGCUGCUAAGAGUCUGAACAGAUCACACAAACACUGUGUCCUUCUAAUUUUGUUUCACUUAUUGUACUUUUAUGAUGUUGUUUUGUAAUCAGUUGAAAGUGGAAACCUAAGGCACGUUUUUUUUGUUGUUGUUGUAUGGAAAAUGUAUUGUACGGAGUGUUGCACCACUGAAUUGUGGUAUCGAAUUUGUAAUUUGCAUAUCGUUACACCCUUCAUAAUUCCUCACCAUGUGGAAAUGAACCUGGAUAAAACCAAGCGACUCUAAAACGCACCAAAAUAUUUUAUCGUGAUUUCUUUUUGACAUUGCCUAGAAACUUAACUUUAAUUUUUUAUGCUACUGUUCAGUCUGCGUUAUUCAUGUGCCGAUAUGAAAUAUCUUUCUACUUUUUUGUCUCGUUAUUUAUUGAUUUCAGAUAUAAUGAGGAUAGCGUACCUAAAACGAUUAUUGUGUGUGUGUGUACAACACGGGAUAACAUUUAAUUAAUUAAUUAAAUAUGGCAGCAUCCGAUGACGUGUUCAGAAGGUACUGAAAUUGAACAAAUUUUAACAGAAAAUGCAAAAAACAUUAUUGAAUUUUGGAAUGUGCCUAAUUAGAAAAAACUCCCAUUUUGAUUUUUUUUCACUCUGCUUGUUUCCGUUGUAUUUUCAUUUGUCUUAUAUAUAUGUAUAUGUGUUUUAAGCACUUAUGUGUGUAAACCUAAACAUUUUAAAUGUUCCAUCUUGCCAUCUGAAUGUUCUGUAAAGUUGCUUUUACACACCAGGUGUUCCAGACUACUAUCUCAGAUCAUUAAAAGCUUAUUUUUGUGUGA